UAUUUUUAUGCCGCUUGAGGGCGCUAUGCAUACUGUGCAGUACCGCCAUUCACAAAAGGUGCAGCGCGCGUGCAUAGUGAGAACGAAGACACAAGUGUGAUUUGUGACUUGAUUUCAAAGCCGCCAUGGCCAAUCCCAAUCCCUUCGGCGGCACCCCCGGUCCCACAACCACCUCAACCACUGGAGGGGGAUUCUCCUUUGGGACCACUCCCGCCGGCUCUGGUGGUUUCACCUUCGGCGCCUCUAAGCCAGUGGCGACGGCAGCAGGCACCACACCCAGCUUAGGAUCCAGUAGCUUUGCGUUUGGUGGAGGGACGGGAUUGGGUAGCAGUUCGUUCUCAUUUGGGAGUGCUGGCGGGACUAUAUCCACGACUUCUGCGGCAACCCCGUCAGGAGGGGGCUUCUCCUUUGGUGCCCAGCCCACCCCCGCGUCGACAACAAGCACCGCCUCCACGGGGGGAUUCUCCCUGGGCUCAGGCGUCAAGCCAGUCGGCGCCGGUUUUUCGUUUGGUGCUCCGCCGUCGGCAUCCACGGGGGGGACACCAGUGUCCACCACAAGCACCGGGGGUUUCACCCUGGGUGGUGCGACUGCCGGGACUGCAGCUGCAACCGGUGGCUUUUCCUUGGGCGCGACACCUUCCACGACGAUAACUGCACCAACUCUGGGCGGGACACCAGCUGCCCCCACUACCACCACCGCUGUUGCCACGGCUACCAGCGGCUUCAGUCUGGGGGGCGGAGCCUCACUGGGAGGCAGUACAACAGGAGGUUUCAGCCUGGGUGGGACAUCGGCAGCACCGGCACCCAGUGGUAGCAGCGGUUUCAGCCUCGGAGCGGCCACCAAGACCUUCAGCUUAGGGACACCCACUGCCGCCACCUCCACUGCUGCCGCUGCCGCAACUACCAACCAGGGCUUCUCGUUUGGUGCCAAGACAGCGAUAACCUCGUCAGUCCCCACACUAAGCGGGACUGGUGCCUUGGGUACUCAGGGCACCACAGCUACCACCACAACAUCAUCUGUGGCUGGGGGAGGAUUUGCCUUCGGUGCAACAGCCAUCAAUUCCUCCAAUAGCCUGGGAUCUUUGCUCGGCAAGGCGACGACGGUCACUACAUCAGGGCCAGCCUCAGCGGGCUUCUCCCUCAAUCUACCGUCAGCCACCAGUACAGCGACAACCACACCCAGCACAACAGGCCUGUCACUCGGGGGAUUGGGUGUUGCCACGGCAGCAAAAUCACUGACCACGGCAACAACCACUACCGUUGCCGCCGCUGCCACCACGGCCCCGUCAUCUCAGGGCCCAACCCUGACCUACCACCAGCUGGAGCAGGCCAUCAACAAGUGGACAGUGCAGCUGGAGGACCAGGAGAAGGUGUUCCUGACCCAGGCCACCCAGGUCAAUGCCUGGGACCGCAUCCUGAUCCAGAACGGCGAGAUGUCACAAGACCGAGAUUGUAGCGGGCAGGGUUGUCAGUUGGACAGUUGUAAUGAGGUAGGGGGCAACCUGAGACUGACAUUGGAGCACGAGUUGGACUUCAUCAUGGCCCAACAGCGAGAGCUGGAGGACAUGUUGACCCCCUUGGAGGAGGCCGUCCGUACCCAGCAGCAAGGCACUGUUUACACACAGCACGCCGACUCCGAGAGGGAGAGAACGUAUACCUUGGCCGAGAACAUCGACGGACAGCUGAAGAGGAUGGUGCAGGACCUGAGAGAGAUCAUCGAGCAUCUCAACACGGCCAAUGCCCCGCAAGACACCAACGACCCGAUAAUGCAGAUUGGCAAGAUUUUAAACGCUCACAUGGAUUCCCUGCAGUGGAUCGACCAGAACACAGUCAUGCUGCAGCGGAAAGUGGACGAUGUGGCCAAGCAAAGCGAGAUGGUCAGGCGAGACCAGGAGAAGAACGUCCGUCUGGCCUUUGACUGACCGAGUCACUGGAGGGCACCAAAGCAUCGACAGCAUCUGAGGGCAGAUCCAGAACCAAAUUUUUCUGGGGGGGUGGGGGAACAAAUAAUUUUUUUGGGGGGGAGGUAAAAACUGGACAUUUUUUAUGUAACCUUUUACAGCCAUUGUGAGAGUUGGAGCUAUAUUUGGAGGCUUUUUGCUCGCAUUUGGAAGGAAAGGAAAUGGAAUGGACCAGAAAGAUCACUUUUCUUUCAUUAAAAAAGAAAAAAAUUUUUUGCUCUUUGGGGAAAUACGUCCCCCCAUCUACCUGUCAUUGACAGCACCAGUACCCCAAACCCUUUUAGGAGUCAGGAUUUGAAAAAUGGUUGUGCUCACCCGCAAUGGACACUAGAGGGCGCUCUAUACACAGGUCCAUACGCAAACACGGGAAUUUCAACUUGUCCGUCAGGACAGCGGGCCAGCGCUACCGGACUUCAAAUUAGCGAACUCGAAAAAAGCAGUUCUUGCUGUAAACAUUUAUUCGGAGUGCGCUGUGCUUGUGAAUAAACAGUUUUUGUUGUCAGAGAGGUCUUCAAGUGGUGAAAUUCUACCCAUGAAUGAAAGCCUUUUCAGGCAAGAGCGAGGGGCAAAAGGUUGGAGGGUGAAGUGCGAGUGUGCCGUGCCGUGCGAAGCCCUUGGUCAUAACGUAACAGGCUUGUGUCAUUGGAAAUUCAUUGUGGUGCAGGUGGUGGUGGGGGCGUGACCGAUGUACACCCCCUCCCCGAACCCACCUCUGCUAUUUCAAUCAGUUAGUUCUAUACAGGUUCUUAAGAGUUCUCCGCUUAUAAUUAUUGGUUUAAAAUGUAUGACUUUUUUGUAAGUAGCUGUAAACACUAGGCCUUGCAGUAAUGGCUGUGAAAUAAACCAAAUCAUGGUUGCGCUAAGUGACUUGUUAUAA